AUGGGUGCCGUGCUACAGCAACUUGUCAAGAACGCCUGGCAGCCCCUGGCAUUGUUCUCAAGGAAACUCAACCCGGCCCAGCAAAAAUACAGUGCGUAUGACCGCGAGCUUCUGGCCAUCUAUGAGGACGUAAAAAGCCAUCCCCAUCCCGGACAUCACAGCCGACACAGUGGCACGACCGGCUGGAUAUCCCGCUUCAGUUGCCCACAGACCAUCACCCCCGACCCGGGACGUCAGUUUGAAUCUCAACUCUUCCACUCCCUGGCCAAACUCUGUGGCAUUCAACCCUCGCGAACUGCUCAGCACCCAGCGGCGAACGGACUCGUGGAACGUUUCCACCGAACACUAAAGGCAGCCAUCAUGUGCCACGCAGACCAACACUGGACAGAAGCCCUACCCAUGGUUCUCCUUGGAAUCCGCACAGCAUUCAAAGAGGACCUGCAGGCAUCACUAGCUGAGCUCGUGUACGGCGAGCCUCUAAGAAUACCAGGAGAGCCACCAACUCCGACUGCCGAGCCAGUGGAUCCAGCGCACCUUAUCGCCCAACUUCGCCAAUAUAUGGCCCGCCUCAGACCAAAUCCAGCAACACGCCAUGCCUCCCCGGUUACAUUCGUGCACAGCGCCCUCAAGAAGUGCACGCACGUCUUCCUCCGGCAGGACACGACUCGCAGAGCAUUGGAGCCCUUACCAGGUCCUAUCACGGAAGGAGAAAAUAAUGCAAAUCCUCGUGCGCGUCAGGCUCGCCACCGUGUCAACCGAUAG